AUGAGAUUCCCUCUCCUCACCCUGGCCCUGGCCCCUCUGGCCGCCGCCCACUUCCUCCUCCAGUACCCCACCUCCCGCGGCUUCGACGAGGACAUCAUGCCCGAUUUCCCCUGCGGCGGCAUGAGCCAAUCCUCGAACCGCACCCAGCUCCCCAUCUCUGGCUCUUUCCCCGUGGCCCUCAAGAUGGGCCACGUCCAAAGUGCCGUCGAGAUCCUCCUCGCGCUCGGCAGCAACCCAGGCGACAACUACAACAUCACCCUUGUCCAGACCUUCCAGGUCGACGGCCUGGGCGAGUUUUGCCUGCCGCACGUCGAGUUCAGCGCAUCCGCUCUCGGGGUGAACAUCACCGACGGCAUGAAUGCCACCCUGCAGGUGCAGACCAAUGGCGAUCCCUCUGGUGGUCUCUACGCUUGCGCCGACGUCCAAUUCUCCUCGAGCGUCAUGUACAGCCAGCCCUCGUCUUGCUCGAACAACACCAACGUCGUGGCCUCGGCUUUCCCCAGCGCUGCUGCUCAGCGUAAUGCUAACGAAUCCACUUCAACGGGCGGUGCGCAGGGCUCCAGCUCCGAUUCCAGCUCAACCACUUCCACCACUUCCACUUCUACUUCCACAUCCACAUCCACUUCCCAGGGUGCUGCUGUCGCGCUGCAGACUGCCGCCUGGGGCUUGCUCGGCGUGGCAUUUGCUGGUGGCAUGGCCGUGUUAUAG